AUGACUACAAUUGGAUAUGGAGACAUUACUCCUGCUAAUGCUGCUGAGUCUUUAUUUGUUACAGUUAUAAUGAUAUUUAUGAGUUGUGUUUUUGCUUAUUCUAUAAAUAAUAUUGGUCUUAUUCUGUAGGAGAUUGAAAAAGAUUCUAAAGAGCUGAAUGAUAAACUUUCAAUAAUUCAUAAAUUCAUGGAGAUGAAAGGAGUCAAUUUAGAACUGCAAAGAAGAGUUAAACAUUACUUGCAUUUCUUAUCAUAAGAAUCUAAAGAUAGAAAUAAACAAGAAGAAGAUAUCAUUUUACAAAUGCUUUCAAACAAACUUAGGGAUGAAGUACUAAAAGAAAUAAAUUUUAAAGUGAUUUAACAAAUAGGUUGUUUGUCUAAUUGCUUUUCACAGAAGGUUAUUUAAGAGUUAAUUUUUAUCAUAGAAGAGAUUUUAGUAUAGCCAAAUCAGAUUAUUUUCAAAGAAGGUGAAAUAGAUGAAGAUCAGUGCAUGUAUUUUAUUUGGAAUGGAAAAGUAGAUAUUUUUUAUUCAGAUAUCAGUAAGCAAAAGUUGAAUAACUCAAAAACCUUAACAACUUUAGAGGCAAAUUAAACUUUCGGAGAGAUUUCUUUCUUUUCUGGAUUUGCAAGAAGUGCUUCAGCAAGAAGCGUAAAUCUAGCAACUCUUUAUAAAAUAUCAAGAGUUAAAUUUUAAAAAAUCCUUUCUCAUCAUUUAGGAGACUUUGAGAAGUUUAAGAUGAUUGAGGAAUAGAUAAAAAGUUAAGAUAAUUUAUCAGCAAUUUAAUUAGAAUGCUACAAUUCAUCUUUCAACAACGAUAAAAGAUUCAAUAAAUUAAUAGUUCUGAUCUCUCAGUUAAUUUAAUUAGUAGAAAUAAACAUUUAGAUUUCUAAGAAAUUAAAAUAACAGGCUGUUUAUUUAGGUUCGAAGGUUUUUAAAAUGUUUGAAAAAAAUUCAAUUGAGAGCCAAAGUGAUUAAGAAGGAGAACAGACAAUUACUAAGAAAAAAAAUUUAGAUGAUCUUUCAUCAGACUCUUCUUAGAGCUCAAGUAAUUCAAGAGAAAGCCAAUCUUAAACAUCCAUAAAUAAUAUUAAAACAUCACAAAAGAAGCAAAAGUAAACACAAAAUAAGAAAAAUAAAUCUAUACCUGAUAAAAAACCGUCUAUUGAAAACCAUAAUUCUAAAUUAAUAGAUCAUGAUUAAUGUAAAGUAGCUGCUCCUAUUGAAUAAAAUUAGAAAAGUUCUGUCAAUUUAAACGAAAUAUAAAUAGAAAAAUAACUAAGCAAUAUUUAAAAUAAUGAAAAAAAUAAUUAAAGACAAUCUUAAUAACUCUCAAUAGAAAAUAAAAGUUAAGAUAAGAUUACGAGUAAUUCGAUAAAUUAAAGUACUGAAUUAGUGGUAAAUCAUAGAGAGGGUAUUUCUGAUAGAAAGAUUUCUCAGCAAGCUUCAAUACAGUAGAGUUCUAUGCAAUUGAAUUUAUUGUGCUCUUCGUUAGUAAAUAUUGUGAAGCAACAAGAAAUUCAAAUCUAAAACUUAAAUUAGCAAAGAUAAAACUAAAAAAAGAGCAUGAACAGCUCAAAAGUUUUAGACUAAUUCUGUGAUCCAAAUGUAUAAGCUUAGGCUGCUAUUUAAAAAAACAUAUUAAAUGAAUUUGAUAAAGCUAAAAAUUUCUUACAUUUCUUCCCUCAUAAUAAUUUAAGAACAGUCCUCAAACAAGUUAAAAUAGCUCAAUAAAAAAAAAAUAAUAUAAAUAUCAAAAAUAAAAAUGCUUAACAGCCAAGGAGGCGCUAAAAUGUAAAUUUAGCGUAAUCGAUUUUUGAUAAAAAAACUAAAAUCGUAAUAGAAAACCAAGAUUUAAUUGAGUAUUUGAACAGAUCAAAACCUACUUUCUGUUCGUAUGGUUUUUAUAUAAAAAAUGUUGCCUUACAUCCUUUGAGAGCAUCUUAAUCAACCUUAUCAUGA